CGAAGGAUGUGGACGAGAAACACGCUGUCAAAGACGAUGUCGUGUCGUUGAACGACAAGUUGGAGGAUCCUGAUCUCGCACCCGGGGAGCUCACGUACAAUGAAGCUACCGCGGGAGGUAUGGGUCGCCAUCUGGGUGUUUUCACCUGCACAAUGUUGAUUGUCGGCCAUAUCAUCGGAACGGGGAUCUUCUCCACGCCGUCCUCCAUCCUAGGGUCCGUUGGAUCCGUCGGCGCUUCCAUGAUGCUCUGGCUUCUGGGCUUCGCGCUCUCCUUUUGCGGAUUGUUCAUCUGGCUCGAGUUUGGCAUGAUGAUUCCACGUUCAGGAGGAGAGAAGGUAUAUCUAGAGGCUGCUUUCAAGAGGCCGAGGCAUCUGGCGACCAUCAUGUUUGCGGUAAACGCGAUCGUAUUGGGCUUCACGGCGUCGAACUGUAUUGUAUUUGCGUCAAAUAUCCUCGAGUCAGCCGGAGCUACCCCUACUCGAUGGAAUGAACGAGGCAUUGCAUUAGCAGUGAUAGUAUUCGUGACGAUCUUGCAUGGGUUUACACCCCGAACCGGAAUCCUACUGAUGAAUCUCUUGAGUGUCUUCAAGAUCGCCAUCCUCCUCGUCAUUGUUAUUGCUGGCUGGGUCGUGCUCUCUGGUCACACGGCCGUAGCGGAUCCCCACACCAACUUCCGAAAUGCAUUCGCGGGAAGCUCACAUAGUAGCUUCGAUUAUGCCACGGCCACGUUCAAGGUCCUGUAUGCCUAUGGCGGCUGGUCGAGUGUCAAUUACGUGAUGAACAACGUCCGCGACCCUGUUCGCACCUUGAAGAUCUCUGCCCCUCUGGGUUUGACUAUCUGCGCUGUGCUCUAUCUCCUUGCGAAUGUCGCUUACUUUGCUGCGGCGACGAAGGAUGAGAUUGCAACCUCUGGGGUCACAGUGGCGUCUCUCUUCUUCGUCAAAGUGUUCGGUCCUACAGCGCAGAAGGCGUUGACAGUAUUCAUCGCGCUGAGGUACGUGAAUGUAAUCACCGUCACGUUUUCUGCAGCCCGCGUCAAUCAGGAGCUUGCGAAGGAAGGCAUCCCGCUUCCGUUUGGUAACCGCUUUUGGGCAUCGAACUGGCCGACUGGCAAGACACCUCUGCCUGGGUUGAUCGUCCAUCUCAUACCUUCGGUUAUCGUGAUCAUCGCUCCUCCGCCCAACAUCGCCUAUCCCUUCAUUCUCGAUGUCGAGGGGUACCCAACGCAGAUCAUCAAUCUCUUCGUCGUCAUUGGUCUCUUUUGGCUUCGAUAUCGCAAGCCGAAUGCCCACCGACCAUUCAAAGUGUGGUGGCCGCUUGCCAUAUUCUAUCUGGCAGCUGCCGUCUUCCUCCUCGUUGCGCCCUUCAUUCGCCCUCCGGGAGGUGUGGGCGAUACGCCUCCGCUGCCCUACUAUCUAUACUGCCUAGUGGGUAUCGCUGUCAUGUUCCUGGGUAUCGUAUGGUGGGCGGGCUGGCGGGUAGUUCCUCGCUGGUUCGGCUACAAGUUCGUGGCGAGGAAGGAAGCGCUGGAAGAUGGAACCGUGGUAUCACUGUUCUCUCUCCAGAAGAGAAAGUGAGGGCGUCGGUGGUAUGUGUUGCAUGUAAGUUACUAGAAGACGAUGAUCAUCUUGACAAUAGCCACAUCCCCCCACUAGC